AUGUCCAGGUUCGAGAAAUCAUUGUAUGACCUGAUUAAAGGUCUGAGAAACCACAAGGGUUCUGAGGAAGACUAUAUCCAGAGCAGUCUUCGAGAAUGUAAAGCUGAAAUUCGCUCUCAAGACAUGGACAAAAAGGCUACAGCUCUUUUGAAGCUAGCGUAUCUGGAAAUGUUUGGAUAUGAUAUGUCCUGGGCGUCCUUCAAUGUUCUAGAAGUGAUGUCAUCCCCCAAAUUCCUUAAAAAAAGGGUUGGCUAUCUCGGCGCUCUACAGAGCUUUAGGCCCGAGACUGAAGUCCUCAUGCUUGCUACUAAUCUACUCAAGAAGGAUAUUGUAUGCCCCAAUCUGCAGAUAAUCUCCCUUCCUUUGAUUACUCUUCCGAAUAUCAUAACUCCGGCUCUCGCCAUGUCACUGCUUUCCGAUGUCUUAUCCCGGAUAUCUCACUCCAAUCCCUCCAUCCGAAAGAAGGCAGUGGUAUGCUUGUACCGGCUUGCAUUGGUUUAUCCGGAGGCUUUAAGACUAGCAUGGCCCAAAUUAAAGGACCGCUUGAUGGAUGAUGGAGAGGACAGCAGUGUUACCACUGCUGUACUUAAUGUCGUAUGCGAGCUUGGAUGGCGGAGACCUCAUGAUUUCCUUCCACUUGCCCCACGGUUCUUCGAAUUGCUCGUAGAAGGGGGUAACAACUGGAUGGCCAUAAAGAUCAUAAAACUUUUCGCAACUUUGACGCCCCUAGAACCAAGGCUUGUCCGAAAGCUUAUUCGGCCGCUCAUAAACAUUAUCCAGUCAACCACGGCUAUGUCAUUACUUUACGAAUGCAUCAACGGGAUUAUUCAAGGCGGCAUUUUAGAGGGCGAAGGGGCGCUAGAGGACUCACAUGAGAUUGCGGACAUCUGCGUGUCAAAGCUCCGAGGCAUGGUAGUUACGGAUUCUGAUCCCAACCUCAAGUAUGUAGCGCUACUCGCAUUCAGCAGGAUUGUAGUAUCUCAUCCUCACCUGGUCUCGAUGCACCAGGAUGUCAUAAUGAACUGCCUGGAGGACGCGGAUAUCUCUAUUCGGCUUCAGGCCCUGGAGCUGGCGACUCGUAUGGCCGCAAAAGACACGCUUCAACCUGUUGUCGAACGACUUAUUGGCCAGCUCGAGGACGCCCAACGACAUACAAUCACGGGAAGUGGUUCAGACGCCGAAGAUGCCGAAGGUGCCGCAGAGUCAGCCGAUUACGUCGAAGGCAAAGAGCUACGGAACAACAAGGCCUACGUUCUUGUUCCUGACGACUAUCGGAUCGAGAUUUUGCAUCGCGUCUUGGACAUCUGUUCCUACGACAACUAUUCAAGACUAAUCGAUUUUGAUUGGUAUGUCAAUAUACUGAUCCGACUGGUGAGACACCUUCCCACCAAUGCUGGAGAAAAAUCUGUGUAUCAAGCUCUUGAAAGUGACUCUAAGGACGACGCGGCAAGCCGAAUUGGAUUGGAGAUGCGAAACAUUGCUGUUCGCGUUAGGAACGUUCGAAUGGAAGCAACGAGAGCCGCUGAAUUCUUGUUGCUCACCGAUAACAGACCAUCGGUGUUCGCGAAUAUUCCUAUUGUACACAACGGCCUACUCGGUCCGCUGGCUUGGAUUGUUGGGGAAUAUGCCCAGUAUCUUUCGUUUCCCGGCCAGACACUCCAGUCGCUAAUCGAUGUAUCUACCAUGUUCCUGCCUGGGAGUGCCCUUACACUUUUCGUCCAGGCAGUUCCAAAGGUUCUGGCUCGCAUCAUCAAUGAUAAUGAGAAAGCAUGGAGCCUAGCGCAGAGGAGUGAAGUCUCCCUUUUUCUGGCGCGGAUCGUGGAGUUCCUAGAAGCCCUCGCGGCUCAUCCGGACCUAGAGGUACAGGAAAGGGCUAUUGAAUUCCUAGAAAUCAUGCGGCUUUCUGCCGAUGUGAUGCAUACAGGCACACAGCAAACACAAAUGCCCUACUUGCUGUCGUCGGUUAUUCCCGGUCUGUUCUCUGGGCUCGAGCUGAAUCCGGUAGCACCAAACGCACAGAAGAAAGUUCCUCUGCCAGACCAACUUCGCCUGAAUAUACCGUUCAAUGGCAACGUUCGCAGGCUGUUUGAUGAUGACCAUGAUGGUAACUACGCACAGUACAAUGACUUUUAUUAUGUCCGGGAGACUCAGCUGCCGACCAAACCGCGAAGCGGGCUCAGCAUGGUGGGAGUACAGCCGAAUCUCUAUUACCAGGGCCCAAAUGCCUAUGAAGCAGCUACUACGAGUUUGCGGCCGAAGGUAGAUUGGAAGCAACGCAACAAAGAGGAUCCGUUUUACAUCGGCGCUGACGAGCAGAAUGGUGUAGCAGCACCAGUGGAAGACCGAGCGCCGCGUACUGUGAACAAUGAGGUCUUGGAUGUCGACUCAAUCCCAAUAGUUGAUCUAAAGAUAGGCAGGGUUGAAGGCCCAUCUACACCCGCAACCGCCUCAUAUGAUGCUCGGGGCAAAUCGGUCGGACAACCCAAAAAAUACGAAGUCAUUCCAGACGAAAUAAUUGGGCUCGAGGCAACAGCUGGUUUCGAUUCUCCUGAUGAGCCCGCGAAGGUGAAGAGGAGUUUACUGCAAGUUGACUCCAGUGGUCUCAAGGAUUUUACUCUGGCAGAGGAUGAACUCACUAGCAUGGGUGAGGUGAUUGGAAAGGCUGAGGAUGAUGUAGAGAUGGCCACAGCAAUGAGGAAAAUCGAGAAAAUACGACUGGAAAUGCAGCGAGCGUCUGAGCGUGUAGAGCUCGAAGGUUCCCCUUCAGAUGGGACGCUUGUUAAGAAACGAAAGAAGCCAAAGAAAUCCAGUCAUGGUAGGGCUCGCGGAGUUGACUCCUUCCAGAAGAAAGACAGCCACACAGAGCCUGGCAAUAAUUCGUCGUCGGUGCAAAAGAAAGCAAGGAAAAGAAGAGAGGGGCCGCCGAAAGAAUAA